AUUUCCAUUUUCAAUUUUGCCCCCCAAGAUUAAGAUAACAAUAACAUGGCAGAGCAUCAUGAUGAGAUCAAGCAAAGGCAUUUUGUUCUAGUACAUGGGCUAUGCCAUGGUGCCUGGUGCUGGUACAAGCUCAUCCCUCGGCUUCAGUCGGCCGGUCACCGAGUCACAGCUGUUGAUCUUGCUGGGUCCGGAACCAAUUUGAAGUCAAUCGGACAAGAUGUUCUCACAUUUGAUGAAUACACUGAACCAUUGUUGAAGAUAUUGGCUUCACUUACUCCUAAUGAAAAGGUAAUACUAGUGGGACACAGCCUUGGGGGUCUCAAUUUGGCCCUGGCCAUGGACAGGUAUCCGGACAAGGUUUCGGUUGGUGUUUUCUUGACAGCAUACAUGCCGGAUACCACAAACCAGCCAUCUUAUGUCAUUGAUCAGCGUUUUGAGGGUGUCACACAAGAAAUGUUGUUGGAUACUCAGUUUAUUUCUCCCGGAAGCACCCAAAAUCCUCUCUCCACCAUGAUUUUUGGCCCAAAUUUCAUGUCUAAUUGGCUCUAUCACCUAUGCUCAAUGGAGGAUGUGGAACUAGCAAAGACCUUGGUGAGGGCAGGGUCGUUAUUUCAAGAAGAUUUAUCGAAGGCAAACAAGUUCUCAGAACAAGGAUAUGGAUCUGUGUCACGCGUAUUUGUUGUGUGCAAGGAGGAUAAAGCCAUAGAUGAGACGGCCCAGCGCUGGAUGAUAGAAAACUAUCCACCUGAAGACGUGAUGGAGAUUGAUGGUGCAGAUCAUAUGGCAAUGAUGUCAAACCCACAAGAACUUUGCGAUUGCCACAAGGUCACGGUGCUUGACCUUGCAGGUGCCGGGAUCAACUUGAAGGAAAUUGGCAAAGAUGUUCUUACGUUCCAUGAAUACAGUGAGCCAUUGUUGAAGAUUUUGGCCUCAUUGCCUCCUAAUGAAAAGGUCAUAGUCGUAGGGCAUAGCCUUGGCGGCAUGAAUUUGUCUCUGGCUAUGGACACCUUCCCGGACAAGAUUUCAGUUGCUGUUUUCUUAACAGCAUUGAUGGCAGAUACCGUUCACAAGCCAUCAUAUGUCUUGGAUAAGUAUUUUGAGGAUGUCCCAAAAGAUAUAUUCUUGGACACACAGUUCACACCCUCUGGUACCACUGAACAUCCUGUCACCUUAGCAAUCUCCAGACCGAGAUACCUUUCUUCCAACCUUUACCAGCUCUCCCCCACUGAGGACUUGGAACUGGCAAAGACAUUGGUUAGGCCAGGAUCAGUGUUUCAAGAGGAUUUGUCCAAGGCAAAGAAGUUCUCUGAUGAAGGCUUCGGAUCUGUGACCCGAGAUUUUUUGUGUGCGAUAAGGAUAGAUCAAUAAGCCUUAAGUUCCAACGCUGGAUGAUCGAGAACCACCUAAAGAUGUUAUGGAGGCCAAGGGAGCAGAUCAUUUAGCAAUGUUCUCAAAACCACAUGAAGCUUGCCAUCGUCUUUUGGAGAUUGCCAAUAAGUAUGCUUGAUCAAAAAUAGACUUCUAAGUUCUAA